AAACUCCAAUUUAUCUCCUUGAUAUUGAUAAAUAAAUGAAAUUUUCUUAAAAAAAAAUAAACAAAUGACAAAAUUGUAAAUAGAUUAACAUAGUAUUUUUGUAAAUAAGUCGGCCAACAACUAUGAAACCCAUAUUUAAUGAAAAAUAUUAAUUUAUUUAUAAUUUUCCCACCUAAUAAACUUACAAAUGUGUAUGUAUUUGUUUAUCGAGUAGAUAAACUUGUAUUUCCUCUCAAUCCAAAUAAACUUUCUUACACCAAUCGGCCAAAGUUAAGCAAAAAUUUCUAUAAAACAGACGUAUUAUGUACGUAUUUUUCACUCCAUAUAAAAAAUAAUUGGUAAGAAUAAUAGAAGAACCUUUUAUAUGAUUUGACGUGAUUAUGGAUGUUCGACAAGGAGCCAUGGAGGGCAAAUGUAUUAAAUAUCAUUGGUGGUCUAGAUGUACCUCAUGAGUCAUGAAUCAUACCCUUAACUUUUAGAAUCUAUAAAUGGUUAAAUACCUACAAGAUUCAAAUUGAACAAAAACUAAGGAAUCAAACCAAAUCAAUUUUGCCCAACAAAUUUUCUCUCUCUUAAUAAUUUUUCCCCCCUAAAAAUGACAACUUCAAAACAAUAAAAAAACAUCAUAAACAUUUCAAUAAUCCUUUUCUUUCACCCCCAAAAUCUCUCCCUCUCAUUCAAGGUACCCUAUCUUUCAAUCCUCUUUCACUUCCUUCUCACCAUUUUUACUCCAUUGGAGCCCAUUUCCAAGCUUUUUGGACCUCCAAAAAUGGCGGGAAUAUCUCAAUUUCUCAUCUUUCUAAAUCCAAAACAUCAAUUUGGUCUACAAUUCCUGGAAAAUCCUUUGUUUCUGCUGCAAUGGCUGAAACAGAGGUUGAAGAAAGCAGGGGAUCAUUCGCGAUAAGCGAUAGCAAAAUCAAUUUAGUUUGUAAACACCAGUAUAUUGAAGAGGUUAAAGAGAUCAAUUUUGAUUCAGAUGGAGAUUUAGAGGUUAAUGAUCAAGAUUUUUCAUCUGGGUUUAUCGGAUUUGAUCUUAAACAAGAUUUAAAAGGGGUGAAAUCCCCUGUUUUACUAAUAACAGGGAGGGUUUAUAACAAGAACAAGAAAAUUAAAAUUAGAAAAAUUUCUUGUUAUGCUAAAUAUUGGGCUAUCUUUUAUCAGAAAAAUGACCAUCAAAUUGGGUUCCAAGUGAACAUUGAUAAACCAAAUUAUGAGGUUACUAAUCUGAGAUCAAAGGGUGUUAACAAGAAAUCGGGUCGAAUUCGGAGGCGAAAAUUCGGGUUAAGUUGGUUACCAUUAAGGCCAGCAGUGAUAUCAGUUGAAGAUGAUGAAAGACAGAAGAAGUGGUUAGCAAAAUCAAUUGAGUUUAACAGGAUUUGUAUGACUUAUUCAAGUGAAGAAAAUGAGAGAUUUUUUGGGUUUGGAGAACAAUUUUCACAUAUGGAUUUUAAGGGUAAAAGGAUUCCUAUUUUUGUUCAAGAACAAGGGAUUGGAAGAGGAGAUCAACCCAUUUCUCUAGCAAUCAAUUUGGUUAGUUAUAGGGCAGCUGGUGAUUGGAGUACAACCUAUGCUCCCUCUCCUUUCUAUAUGACAUCAAAGAUGAGGUCUCUUUACUUAGAAGGAUACGAUUACACCAUUUUCGUAACUAUGCAAGAUAGAGUUCAGAUUCAGGUACAUGGAAACUCGGUUGCAGGAGCAAUAUUGCAUGGAAACUCGCCUACUGAAAUAAUUGAAACUUUCACAGAAUCUAUAGGAAGGCCUCCUGAACUUCCUCAUUGGAUUAUAUCAGGGGCUGUUGUUGGAAUGCAAGGAGGCACCGAGACUGUACGCAAUUCUUGGGACAUUCUUAGGACUUAUGAUGUUCCCAUUUCUUCAUUCUGGCUGCAGGAUUGGGUUGGACAAAGAGAAACACUAGUAGGAUCACAACUAUGGUGGAAUUGGGAAGUAGAUACAACGCGGUAUAAAGGAUGGCAGCAACUUGUUAAAGAUCUAAACAAUCAGCACAUCAAAGUCAUGAGUUAUUGCAAUCCUUGUUUAGCACCAACUGAUGAGAAGCCAAACAGGAGAAGAAACAUGUUCGAAGAAGCAAAGAAGUUGGACAUACUAGUGAAAGACAAGGAUGGAGAGCCAUACAUGGUUCCUAACACGGCCUUUGAUGUGGGGAUGCUGGAUUUAACACACCCAGAAACCGCACCAUGGUUCAAAAACAUCCUACAAGAAAUGGUAGAUGACGGAGUCAGGGGUUGGAUGGCUGAUUUUGGUGAAGGCCUCCCUGUUGAUGCAACCCUCUAUUCAGGUGAAGAUCCUAUAGCUGCUCACAACAGAUACCCAGAGUUAUGGGCUCAGAUAAACAGGGAGUUUGUCGACGAGUGCAAAUCGAGUUGUUCAGGCAAGCAUAAGGAAGACCCUGAAGAGGCACUAGUGUUCUUCAUGAGGGCUGGUUUCAGGGAUAGUCCGAAAUGGGCAAUGCUGUUCUGGGAGGGAGAUCAAAUGGUCAGUUGGCAAGCAAAUGAUGGGAUUAAAAGUGCUGUUGUCGGUCUGCUUAGCAGCGGAAUUUCUGGUUAUGCUCUUAAUCACAGUGACAUUGGAGGGUAUUGUGCAGUAAACUUACCUCUAAUCAAGUAUCAUAGAAGCGAGGAACUGCUUUUCAGAUGGAUGGAAUUCAGUGCUUUCACCACAGUAUUCCGGACGCAUGAAGGAAACAAACCAUCCUGCAACUCUCAAUUCUACUCCAAUCACAAAACAUUAUCACAUUUCGCCCGCCUUGCAAAGGUGUACAAGGCCUGGAAGUUCUAUAGAAUCCAACUUGUUAAGGAAGCUUCAGAGAAGGGACUCCCGGUGUGCCGGCACUUAUUUCUUCACUACCCUGAAGACGAAUACGUGCAGACACUAACAUACCAGCAGUUCCUAGUUGGAUCAGAGAUUCUGGUGGCACCUAUACUAGACAAAGGCAAAAGAGAAGCAAAGGUGUAUUUUCCCUUAGAAAAUAAAGAAAGUUGUUCUUGGAUUCAUAUUUGGACAGGAAAGGUGUACAACUGCUUAGGUACUGAAGCUAAGAUAGAUGCUCCUUUAGGUUAUCCAGCAGUAUUUGUUAAGUCUGGAUCUUUUAUUGCUGAAACUUUCCUUCAAAAUUUGAGGGAUUUAGAUAUUCUAUGAUACUAUACUUAUAUGUAAUUUUUUUUUAUAAACUGUAACAAGUGUAUAAAAAAAUUAUGGAGCAACAAACAGAAAUCAGCAUAUUCAAGUAUACGAGUAUACAACUACUUGACCAAUGUUUAAUGUGAAUCCAUGUCUGACACAGGUUCGUGUCUAAGCAUAUGAUGACCCGGCUAUUUUUUUGAAAAAAAUUUAUAAUUUUGAACUAAAAUUGACCAAGUGUGAACCCAUGUCCGAAUGCUGAGGGUUCAACUAGGGUAAUUGAGACGAGAUGAAUAGUCCGUGUAAAAGAGAUUGUGAAGGAGCAAACUUACACGGGCUCACACGCGCCCAUACAACACACACACUUAACAGAAUUUAAGGUUUUUGACAGUUUUGAGCUACAAAGGCUACCAUAUAAAUAUGAUCAUCCAAUAGAAGUAAAAUGAAAAAGUUGAUGACAGAAAAGCUAUAAUAUGGAGCAAUAAAACAAGUAAAUAUAUAAAUAAAUGAAGUAGAAGACUAAUAAGUAUUAUAAAUUGAUAUUGAAUUUAG